AUGGUCACGAUGAGCUAUCUGAGGAUACUGUUGGCCCUGCUCGUGCUCGUCUGCAGCGUAAUCGCUGGAGAGGAUAGUGUCCAAUCCGACCAAUCGACUGCUGCUGGUGGGCAACGGAGCACCAGUACUUCCUCUGACUCUUCCGGUCCAGCCGGUCAAAGCACGGGCGGCGAGAAGAGGAAUGCGAAGCGACAUCUUUCGUUCGGCUUUGGCCAUGGCUACGGCAGUGGUUCCGGAUUCUCGGCCGGAGUUGGCUACGGGUCGAGUGUUGGAGUAGGGUACGGGUCCGGCAUCGGGUAUGACGCCAGUUACGGUGGAGGUUAUGGAUACGGCGCAGGAGCACGCUUCGGAGGAUACCGUGGAUUCGGAGGCUACGGAGGUUACCGAGGGUUCGGAGGUUACGGAGGCUACGGCGGAAGCUACGGUGGGUAUGGCGGUUACGGCGGAUACGGUUCAUCGGUCGAUGGAUUCCAUGGCGGAUUCCACGCGCACUUCUCGAAGCCCAUCGUGACGGCCACCAUCAAGGAGCACAUUCCGGUGCCCAUUCCGAAACCGUACCCGGUGUUCGUGAAACACAACAUCCCCGUUCCGAUCCCGAUCCACAAGCCCGUCCCGUAUCCGGUAAUUGUGAAGAAAACCAUACCGAUCCCGAUUGACCGGCCCGUGCCAGUGCUGGUCCCGCACGCCGUGCCCGUUCCCGUCACGAAGCACGUGGCCGUUCCCGUUCCGCAGCCAUAUCCGGUGUCGGUUCCGCAUCCUGUACCGGUCAAGGUGCCGACGCCUGUGGUCGUGUCGAAGCCGGUCGUUGCGUACACGCCGAUCGUCAGUGCGCCGAUCGUCAGCACGCCGAUCGUGGCCAGUGCCGGCCACAUUUCCGUGAGCGAUCACGGACUGCACCAGACGCACCAUUCGCAUAACCAUUACGCAGCCGCCGCCGCCGGGGCUAGUGGAGCGUACAAAGCGUACACUUCCGGUGCGGGCCUGUACGGUGGUGGCCAUCAUUACGGGUCCGCCGGUCAUUUCGGCUCGGCUGGCUCGUACGGAGGAUCGGCUCACUACGGAGCGCACUUUGGCACCGACGGUGGCCACUACUCUGGCCACCUGAGCACCGGCAUUCUGUGCGACCACUAG